AUGGCCGUCAGGUCACCGGUGUCUGUUCUACCAUUCCGCGACUCUACAAAUCCAGCUUACCUAUCGAUGUCCCUGCACGGAUCGAUAAACGAGGGGAAGGAGGGGAAUGAGGGGAACGAGGACGAUGAGGACCCCCCCUUCUCGGAGAUUGAUAACUUGACCCAAAAUGAAAACAAACUGGGAGAGACGGACUCCAUCGAGCAUAGCUCCCAAAUACCUGUGGGAACAUCCCCGUCAGGACUUACAAUUCAAACCUCUCACCCAAAUCACAUUGGACUUGGUACAAAAUCGGAUGAAGACGAACCCCAGUCGGUGAUACAUGCUCCGCCCGGUUUUGGAGAUUUUGCACCAAUGCAGCCCACUUUGGAAGGAAUAGAGGAAUCACAGUCGCCGUCAAUUAGCUCAGAUGAGCAGGUUGAUUCAAUAAGCGUAACUACAAGCACAACAAAUUUUGGCAAAAGUCCAAUAUCACCUCCUCCGUUGAAGACAUCACUCAGCUUGGCCAGUGAUUUUUCUGAGCGAGCAACGCCUCGUGCACAAACCAGACAUGAAUUCGAGGAAUUUGAGCGACGCACUCGCUCAAGCAGCUUAGAAGAUAUUCCUGAAGCGUUGACCAGUAAAGAAGCCGAAAUUAAGGCUCUGAAGGAUGCUCUGGACGAAUGCUGGACCCUAUGCAAUACACUCGCUAAUCUCAGCUAUAUCCAUCGGGAACGCCUUCACAAAUCUCACAGUGAUGACAUGCAAGAGGAUGCAUGGAGAUCUUGUUGGAGACUCUGCCGAAAGCUUUAUGAUACGCGCGAUGAUGACUAUGCUACCCAGGUUCACCCAACUCUGGAUCUCUGUCGGGACUUCUGCCAGGCGCUCUUUGAAGCCCGAAUUCGUGACACUGACGUCUCUGACUCGGUCCUACGAGUGAGUUUCGAAUUAAACAAUCAUCUGUACAAUACGUACGAUCGAAAUCUUCCAGAUGCUUUUCGCGAACGAACCUUGGAUUUCUAUAUCACAUUGUGUCACCGGCUUAUGAAGCAACGAACCUGCAUCACGGAGAUAGACUCUCUUGUGAGUGCGUGCUGGACGUUAGCCGAGAUGCUAUUCAGUAUUCGCCAGAGUAAAAAAGAGGGGACACUCCUGGAUGAAGGAUUGUUGGGAUCUGCAGUUCAAGCAUGCUGGGAGCUUUGUGAUCUGUUCCGUGAAGGAUGGACACAGCAUAACCUGCGCAAUUCGGACCGCGGAACACCACGACCUAGUCAACCCACAUUCUCGCAGGCAUUUUAUCAAGCGUCUCAGCAAUCAGAGAUGGAUUUCGGUGAUGACCCAUUGAGCCAACUCGGGCUGCCCGAAACACCCACGACUAUAUUCGAAGAUACGGCAAACAUCUCACCCGACGAAGGUCUCGUCCCCAAUAUCUUUCUAACAGGGUAUGACAAAGGACGCCUGAAAUCUCACAAUAGGUGGUCAUCCAACGCCUCUAGUAUAUCAGAAAAUUCUCUAUCAUCGGGACACACGGCUUCGUCGGCUAAUACUGUGACCACCAUCUCAGAGGAUCCUAACCUCACCCGGCUAAAGAUUUUGAUUAUUAGAGCCGCUAUGGACAGUGGCUUCCAACGAGGGGGGAAUCAGAGUCUUUUGUCAUUUGUGAAAUCCCUCCCUUCAGAUGCGUUUGGCUCCUUGUCAUGGCAAGCGUCCUUGUUAAAGAACUUUAAGAAGGUGGUGGCCUCCGAUCCGUCGUCAUUCAGGAAUGUUGGCUUGCAGGCCCGGGUUGGAGCCAUCGAUGUUGCUCAUGCUUGUCAAGCUAUGCUACAUCAUGGCCAGUACUCCUGGCUCCGAGACCUUUACCGGUUCGUUUUUGGAUUUCAUUUAGAAGAAGCGAUAGGACGCAAAGGGGUGGUCAUCCAAACGUAG